UAUAUUUUGAUGGAAGGUACAUAAAUUAUGGGGAGAAUUUGAAUGGUGCCGGCGGCAACCCGUACGGGCUUUUUCUUCCCUUUCUUUUUUUCCUCUGGAAAAUGUAAUGAGAGUUCGGAAAAGCCUUUGGGAGAUCCAUAUGAAUUUCAGGUAUUUACCACUGAAGAUUUCCACCAAUCCAUAUUGAUAUCAAGUGAUGUCAGGCCCUCAGUGCUGCGAAAACCCACCAGUCCUCAGCUCAAGCUGUGGCAUAUUGCACGAGGAAGAAGUUGGAGGGCUCAAGUGCUAUGUAAUUGGGUCCCCUGAUUUCAAGUCUGCUGUGGUUCUUGCCUCAGACGUUUUUGGAUAUCAAGCUCCGAAAUUGAGGAAACUUGCUGAUAAAGUUGCAGCUUUUGGUUUCUACGUGGUGGUUCCUGACUUCUUUUAUGGAGAUCCCUACAUCGAAAACCUCGAGAGGCCUUUGCUUGUUUAUAUGAUAGAUCAUCUCCCGGAUAAAGGUUUUGAAGAUGCGAAACAAGUAAUUGAGGCUCUAAAAUGUAAAGGGAUAUCCAGUAUUGGAGCUGCAGGUUUUUGUUGGGGAGCCAAGGUUGUUGUAGAACUAGCAAAGUAUGCUUACGUUCAAGCUACAGUGCUGCUACAUCCAUCAUUUGUUUCUUGGCAGGAUGUACAGGCUGUUGAGGUUCCAAUUUCAAUACUGGGAGCGGAGAUAGACCCAAUAUCUCCACCACAACUCUUGAAAAAGUUUGCUGAGGACUUAAAAGCCAAACCUGAGGUUGAUUGCUUUGUGAAGAUAUUUCCUGGGGCCAGACACGGGUGGACGGUGCGGUACAAGGAUGAAGAUACAGUGGCAGUGAAGCUUGCAGAUGAAGCACAUAAGGAUAUGGUGGACUGGUUUGUUAAGCAACUCAAAACGGGAGGCGAGGACUCUGGCUGCAUCGGGGGAAUCUCUCGUAUUUGACCUCUAUAGAAUGGAAUCUAGAUUCCUAUCUAUUUGUAGCUCAUCAUUUUAUUUGGUUAGUAGGCUAUUUGUGCAUGAAAACAAUUGUAUUUACAAUCACAUAAAAUAAAUACAAUAUACACUGUAUAUUGCAAUGAGAUUUGUUUGAAACAAAGUCUGGAUUCGACAAUCACCACAUUUUUUGAUUUAGUCUCAAAGUAUACUGACAAUACAAUACUAUGAACGAUAAAUUACAAAGCUAGGGAUUACCUAUAAGUAGAGGGUUUAGUUGGGCAUGGAAAAU